GUCCCGGCGGAGCCCGCGAGCGGCGGCGGCCCCACGGCCCGGCCCGGCCUCGCCUCCUUCCUUCCCCCGCCAUGCUGGUGCCGGUGUUCACGCUGAAGCUCAACCACAAGAUCCUGCCCCGCACGGUGGCGCUGGGCCGGUUCGACGGCACGCACCCGUGCCUGGCGGCGGCCACGCAGGCGGGAAAGGUUUUUAUUCACAAUCCUCAUGCCCGAGGGCAGAAAACGAGCACAAACAGACUGGUGCCGAGCACCCAAGAUUCGGACGUUUCCCUUCUCAACAUUAAUCAAGGGAUCACGUGUCUGGCUUCGGGCGUGCUGAACCCUCAGCUUGGUUAUGACUGUCUUCUGGUUGGAACACAGACUAAUUUGUUGGCUUAUGAUGUAUAUAACAACUCAGAUUUGUUUUACAGAGAGGUUUCAGAUGGAGCCAACGCAAUAGUUCUUGGAAAGUUGGGAAAUAUUCCAUCUCCACUUGCUAUUAUUGGUGGAAACUGUGCUCUGCAGGGCUUUGAUUAUGAAGGAAAUGACCUCUUUUGGACAGUGACUGGGGACAACGUUCGUUCGUUAGCGCUGUGUGACUUCGAUGGUGAUGGCAGAGCUGAGCUUCUUGUUGGCUCUGAAGACUUUGACAUCCGGGUGUUUAAAGAAGAUGAGAUUGUGGCAGAAAUGUCAGAGACAGAGACUAUCACUGCCCUCAGCCCCAUGUAUGGCAGUCGCUUUGGUUACGCUCUUUCCAAUGGCACCGUUGGAGUUUAUGACAAGACAGCCCGUUACUGGAGGAUUAAGUCUAAGAACCACGCCAUGAGCAUACAUGCGUUCGACCUGAACUCUGAUGGGGUGUGUGAGUUGAUCACUGGCUGGUCCAACGGGAAGGUUGAUGCACGCAGUGACCGGACUGGGGAAGUCAUCUUUAAGGACAACUUUGCUUCCUCAAUUGCAGGAGUGGUGGAAGGAGAUUACAGAAUGGAUGGGAGCACCCAGUUAAUCUGCUGUUCAGUUGAUGGUGAAGUCCGAGGCUAUCUGCCAGGAGCGGAGGAGAUGAAGGGAAACCUAAUGGAUACAAGUGCUGAGCAGGACCUGAUCCGAGAACUUAGUCAAAAGAAACAAAAUCUGCUGCUGGAGUUACGAAAUUAUGAGGAAAAUGCAAAGGCUGAACUGAGCACUCAGUUGAAUGAAGCUGAUGGGCAGAGAGGUGUGAUUCCUGCAAAUACCCAACUCCAGACAACCCUCUCAGUUAACCUGGGCUCCAACAGCCAAUCUGCCCAUGUGGAGCUGUGUAUUUCCACCACAAAUGACACAAUCAUCCGUGCUGUGCUCAUCUUUGCUGAAGGCAUAUUUGAAGGAGAGAGCCACGUGGUACACCCCAGUCUCCAGAACCUCUCUAGCUGUGUCCGUGUUCCACUUACUCCACCCAAAGAUAUCCCUGUGGAUUUGCACAUCAAAGCCUUUGUGGGUUACAGGAACAGCACGCAGUUCCAUGUGUUUGAGUUGACAAGACAGCUUCCUCGCUUCUCCAUGUAUGCCCUGAGCAGCCCAGACUCAGCCACGGAGCCCCUCAGCUUUGUUAACUGCACAAUGAGUGAGAGACCACAAAGGAUUGUGAUGUGGCUGAAUCAGAGCUUCCUGCUGCCAGAGGAUGCAGAGUUUCAGAGCGCUCCCUUUCAGGUUUGCUUCACUUCCCUUCGGAAUGCAGGGCAGCUCUGCAUCAGAAUCAAGCCUGCUGGAGAGAUCUCCAUCAACACAGAUGACAUUGAUCUGGCUGGGGACAUCAUCCAGUCUCUGGCCUCCUUCCUGGCCAUCGAGGACUUGCAGGUGGAAGCAGAUUUCCCCACGUACUUUGAGGAGCUGCGCAAAGUGUUGGUCAAGGUGGAUGAACACCAUGGGGUGAACCAGAGGCUCACAGCCAACAUGGCCCAAAGCUCCAACCUCAUCCGCAGCGCGCUGGUUCUGGCAGAGGACGCACGGCUCCUGAGAGACAUGAAGAACAUGAAGACACGGUACGUGGAGCUGUAUGAUCUGAACAGGGAUUUAAUAAACCAGUACAAAAUCCGCUGCAACAAUCACACAGAGCUGCUGAACAACCUGAGAGCCGUCAACCAGGCGAUCCAGAGGGCCGGGCGCUUGCGGGUUGGCAAACAUAAGACCCAAGUGAUCAGUGCCUGUCGGGAUGCCAUACGAAGCAACAACUUCAACGUGCUCUUCAGGAUAAUGCGUGUGGGAACCGCUUCUUCCUGAAGAGGCUGGAGCAGCAGCACCUGCCCCAGCCAGCAUUCCAGUGCAGUGGGCAGACACCACUUAAUCCCAUCCCCUGCUCCACUCUGGGGGAAGUAAUGGCAAAGGUAGUGUUGUAGUUUAGCUGUCAGGUGAGAAAUGUUGUUACUCCAGCCAAAGGACAGGCAGCUUUGUAAAGAAAGCUCUUUGUAAGGGGUUUGAAGUGCAGAUGUGUUUAUGCAAGACAGAGGUAUUACCCUGAGCAGUUAUUUUUCUUACAGUAACUUAUUUAUGUAUUUUAAUAUAUUUUGUAGCUCAGGCAUCAGCCUUUUCCAUUAAAGCAUGGACUGGUUUCCCUGCUUUUGCUCUGAUUUUAGCUGGGGAGAUGCAUGUGGUGAAGUAAUUAAGUAAUUCCUUGCAAAGCAACCUGCCCUUUUCUGCUUGUGUUGUGUAGUCCCUGUGCAGGCUGAGCACUUACACUCUGUGUGGGAGAAUCCCAGCUCUCCUUGCAAGGGAUGUGCUGCUGCUUCCUGAGCAAACUGCAGUCCAGUGCACUGGAAAGGCCAAAGGAAAGACAUCUCCAUGAUGGCUUUUAAGGCAGAGGAUGUUUGAGAGCUGCCUGGUUCCAGGGUCCAUGCAGGUGGGAAGCAGCCUGCUUCCUCUCUGACACUCUCCCCACACCUGGAAUGCAGGAAGUUUUGCUUCCAGCUACUGGUUCCUUGCUGCUACUGGAAAAAAAGCUGCAGAUCUGGAGGUGGGUGAGGGUGGAUCUCAGGAUCAACAAAGCCCAACUACACACCCAAGCCUGGUGCAUGCUCAGGAAGAGCUGGCAGUGCUUAAUGAGAUCAAAAGAAGGGAGGUAUGGAAAAGCAUCUUGGCUCCUGACUCAAACCUGUUUAUUAAUUGUGGCAUCUCUUAGAAUUGGAUUAAAAUAUUACAUUAAAGCUCUAUCUUAGA